AUGGGAGGCAUUAAUUCUGUUCCCACCCUAACAAAUGAAGGAAAGAUUCAGCUGCACUCUUCCAACCACUCUCCAGAUGUAUCACCAUCAACCUCUCUUGAGAAGGAGGAAGCCUUACAACGAGCAACCACACUCUUAGGAAGCAAUCCUUCCACCCACGCAUCCAAGCCGAUCCCUAUUUGGCUCGAAACCCACAAUCAUCAUCAUUGCAGUAACAAUAGCAAGCUACCGUCCCGAAACGUGCACAACAAACCAAAAGCAGUCGUCAUGUUGAGUAAGGGAGAGUCAGAAUCGACGUUAUUCACUUCUACGGUCGAUCCCUCGUCCACACAUUCAAAACGACGGAACUCACUCCUUGAACAAUCUUUGAGAUCGAGAUCCAAUUCUUCUUCUUAUUCUUGUUCGAAUACUGAGAGAUGUGAACGAAGUAAGAGUAGCCUCAAUACAUAUAUUAACUCUGAUCCAUACUCGCCUUGCAGGAUUGAUUCGGCUUCCAUGUUACACUCUUCAGUUUCAUUCUCGUCAUUGAUCAUGAGCGAACAGAGUGGUAAAACGAAAGGUGUUGCUGAUUCUUCAACGACCGACUUGACAUGGAUUUCUCGUUCCGAAAGUGUAGAAAUUCCUCAACGACGACGAAAAAAGCAUGGGUCUUUGAAUUCGAAUAAUUCACAAAAAUCAUCGCUGGGGCGAGACAGUUCUGAUAGUGAAUCUUCGACCUCUUCUUCGGUCACAAAUUCACCUCCACAGCCUCUCUUUCUCAAGUACUAUGCCAAAAAGAAUAACCAUACAGUUUCAACACAACCAGUUGUAGACACAGAUGACUUGUACGACGAUUAUGGUAAACUUGAGAAGAGUCAACGUUUGCGUUCUCAAUCAUGUCCAAACUCAAAUUCACCACUUGGAUUGCCAAUGAAGAAGGUAAACUCUGAUAAUUUCGGCAGUCCCUCCCUACCAAUCAUUGUCACACCUCCACCCUCAUCACCAGAAAUCAAUUUACCAGUACAACCCUUUCGAUCUGUAACUCAAGAACUGCAACAAGCAAAAAAAGAAAAGAGAGCUAAAAGACAAAAGAAGUUACUGGAACAACAGCUUCUCCAAGAACAACAACAGCAAUUACUGGAGCGUAGCAUGAAUAUUAAGGCAACUCUUCGAUCAAGCUCUGACAUGAAGGUCAAUGACUGCUCCAACAGUAAAAAGAGUAACCAUGCAGAUCCAGCCCAACAAUCGACUUGCUCUCUUCCAUCCCUCUUUGAAAAAGUGCUGGGCACCCACACCAGACAAAAUGUCAGCAUUGAAAAAGUUUCGAACAAAUAA